AUGAACGCGAUGAAAACUGAGGAUAUAAACAUUACCGUUUUACGACGAGAAGGAGAACUUGCUGUUUACUGUUUCGGGGGAACUACAAACAAUGGCAGAUUUAUUUGAGCUUCACGAUAUUUUUCCUUUGUAGUCCGUUCGCAACAUCUGGAAAAGUAGUGCAAAAAACCUCCAGAUUUAGGGCGAAAGAAAGAUAACUAUGAACUCGAACU